AUGACGCCCUCGCUUCCUAGAGCCUCAACCCCACCUCUCACUCCUCCCCCUUAUCUCUCCACGUUCUCUGACGACACCCCGCAAACAACCCACCUCAAAGCCUUCUAUACAAUUCUCUCCUAUAUUGAUCGUAUCCUCGAGUUACCCCGAUACUCUCAGCUAACAACUACGGAAUUCAAAGAAGAAAUCCAAACUUUCCUCUACUGGAGUUUUGACGGUGUAAAGCGAUCUAAAGCCGCGUCGGGGCCGAUGAAUGAUGCCAUUGAAAUGGCGGGACAGGUAUAUCAGAAUGUAAGAGAAGGGGGAGGAAUGGGAGUUCCGGUGCAGGCUUAUUUGAGAUAUCGGUUGAAGAGGUUUUAUGAAGCUGAGAUCUGA